ACUGUUCCAACGUUAAUGUUUGCUAGUGGUGUAUUUGGAAACGUGUUGGCGUUGGUUGUUUUAGGAACUUCCAGAAAGAAACAUAAAAAGACAGUAUUUUACAGAUUAGUUGGAGCUUUAGCUUGUACAGAUCUAUUUGGAAUUGUGUCGGUGUCACCAAUUACUAUUAUUGUAUAUUCUACAGGACGAACAUGGGUCGGCGGACAUCAUUUGUGUAAUUACUCCUCAUUUAUGAUGAUAUUUUCUGGAAUAGCUACAUUACUGAUAGUUGGUGCAAUGGCACUUGAGCGAUUUGUGGCCAUCAUCCAUCCUUAUGCUUAUGAAACGAGAUUUUCAAUUGGGAAAGUGAAGUAUAUUGUUAUAGGAAUAUGGGGAACGUCGCUAUUUAUAGCUUUGUUACCAAUGUUUGGACUGGGCGAAAAUAUUCUUCAGUAUCCUGGAACUUGGUGCUUCUUUGACUAUAAAAGCGACAAACUAACUGGGAAGAUUUUUACCUAUUUUUAUUCGUCUGUUGGUUUAGCUGUCAUAUUUUUAACUGCUAUUUGUAAUGUAGCUGUUAUGAUAGUGUUGGUUAAGAUGAGGCAAUCGGCUAAAGACAUCAAACCAUCAACAUUAAUUAAAAGACAGUCUAAUAAAUUAAACAGUGAGGUACAGAUGAUGAUAUUAUUAGGUGGUAUUAUAUUGGUAUUUGCUACUUGUUAUGCUCCACUAAUGGUUCGACUUGUCAUCAACCAAACAGGACUACAACCAGUUAACCAUGCGGUAGAUUUGUGGGCAAUUCGUAUGGCCUGUAUAAACCAAAUCCUUGACCCCUGGGUUUAUAUACUGUUCCGGAAAGAACUAUUGAGAAAAAUUUGGUCUAUUCUGCAUUGU